AGUUCUUCCGGAAGUCCAAUUGAUGGAGCAUUUUAUGAGUGUUUUUGUUAAUAUUUACUAAACUGGAGUGAUAUGGAGUCCGUUUUCGUCCGGUUUGAAUCGUAUAACUUCGAGGCUGAUCAGCGGUUUGCGGCCGGGCUGAAAACUUUAGAAAAGUCUGAGAAAAGCAGAGAAGAAACUGAGAUGCUGAACCUCAAACUUUUCUAUUAUAACAGGUUUGUGGAGCCCAUAGACCAGCAGAGCUACAGGACGUGGUGCUCUUCAUCCCAUCAUGUGAAAGCUUCAGACCUCCAGCAGGACCAGAGGAACCUGUCACCUUCAGACUCAGAGAACCAAACAGAAACAUCUGCACACCCAGAGACAAAACAGCUGUCCUUCGCAGAGGUGUUGCAGCUGGUUCAGGAGGGAAAAGAAGUGCCCGGUGUAACAAAACUGGACAUAAAACCUAGUAACCAGAGCCCCACUCCUUCUCAGAUGCAACAAGUCAGAAAACCCUGGGAAACAUCAUCAUCUUAAGUAAUUUUUACAGUCYAAACAGCAUCUGUCAUAUUAUACAGUUUCAUUAAUCAAUAUGUGAAACACUCAAACGAAMCUGUUUUUCAAAGAACAAAUGUCCUCAUGGUGCCAAAACUAAUUAAGCAUGAAAAUAUUUGUGGACUGGAUGAGGCAGGUUAAAUAAUUGUUUGAUCAAAAUAAAUAAAAAUUAAUUCAUCUUUA